GCUGCUGGACAGCUCCGCGCCGGAGUUCAUCUCAUCUCAAACAGGACUAUCUCUUCGUCUGUUCCGGGCAAAUUACACACAACCUACAGUCCCCCUCCAAGGCUUUUCCACUUCCCAACCCCGGUCCUUCUCUUAGUUCUUUUUUAAUCAUCAUCUCAUUGACGUUUUUUUUUUAAUCAAAUCGAGCAGCGUUCAAACAGCAGGGCUGACUGGAGCUGGCGCCGCCAAACAAAGACGCAGGAAGAUUUUUUUUUCUUCCAAGCAAGAGGCAUCCCAUAUCGCAGAACUUAUUCUCCACUUUAGACACACUCGUGGCGAGAUGAUUUGAAGGAGCCUAACGUGGAUCCCGCUGUGACUUUCUCCUUCCUGGACGGAACAAGUUGGGUGUACCUGUGCACUUCUGGAACACCACAUCAUCGAGGAAAGUCUGCCACCUUUGUUCUCGCCUCAUGAAAGCGCUGUCUGUGAACUCCAUCUCAGCUCACUCUGCACUGUUUAGUUAGUGCAUGAAUCCACCACUCCCAGGUGUAAGGAAAGACCAAAACACAAAGAAGAAAGAAGAAAAGGAAAGAGAUAAACAGAGCGAGGCAGAAUAAUUAGUACUUUUGAGUUUAAGACAGAACAAGAAACCAUGGGAAGAGACUUUUGAAGACAACUAUGCUCUGAAAAGUGUUGCGGCUAACCUCCAGGAUACACCUCUUUCAUUUUCAAAGGAGCUGAAUUUGUAUUUGGAUGCAGAUUUAGUUUUCCAUUAUGGCUCUGCAAGGAGGGUUUGAGAGACUGUGGAAUGGCUGCCACAGAUGUGUUUUUUGCCGGCUCUUGCUGCUGGCGUGUUUUCUCUCGAUUGCCUUGGCAGCCAAACCCAAAAUGCCAGGCCACACAUACCUCAACUCAAUACGUAUUGAUGGGGACAUAUCUUUAGGUGGGCUGUUCCCUGUCCAUGCACGGGGGAAUGAUGGUAAAGCUUGCGGAGAGUUGAAGAAGGAAAAAGGGAUCCACAGGCUGGAGGCCAUGUUAUUUGCCCUGGAUCGCAUCAACAAUGACAAUGAGCUGCUGCCUAAUAUCACUCUGGGGGCUCGCAUCCUGGACACCUGCUCCCGAGACACCCACGCUCUGGAGCAGUCGCUUACAUUUGUCCAGGCAUUGAUUGAGAAAGACUCAACUGAUGUCAAGUGUCUGAGCGGAGGGCCGCCCAUCAUCACUAAGCCAGAGAGAGUAGUGGGAGUGAUUGGUGCCUCUGCCAGCUCCGUGUCAAUCAUGGUCGCCAACAUUUUGCGCCUCUUCAAGAUCCCUCAAGUGAGCUAUGCCUCCACGGCUCCGGAGCUGAGUGAUAACACCCGUUACGACUUCUUCUCCCGCGUGGUGCCCCCAGACACCUACCAGGCGCAGGCCAUGGUGGACAUCGUCAAAGCCAUGGGCUGGAACUACGUCUCCACCGUAGCAUCAGAGGGAAACUACGGAGAAAGUGGUGUGGAUGCCUUCAUUCAAAAGUCUAGAGAGGAUGGUGGUCUGUGCAUUUCACAAUCUGUGAAAAUACCGCGUGAACCAAGACUUGGGGAAUUUGACAAGAUCAUCCGCAGGCUGAGUGAGAAUCCCAACGCUCGAGUGGUUAUUAUCUUCGCCAAUGAGGAUGACAUUAGACGUCUUCUCCAAGCAGCAAAGAGAGCUAAUCAAACCGGUCAUUUCAUCUGGGUAGGUUCAGACAGCUGGGGAUCCAAAAUUGCUCCAAUACUGAACCAAGAAGAAAUGGCAGAAGGUGCUGUUACCAUCCUGCCAAAACGACAGUCCAUUAAAGGUUUUGAUCGCUAUUUUAUCAGCCGGACAUUAGAAAACAACAGAAGGAAUAUCUGGUUUGCAGAGUUUUGGGAGAAUAACUUCCAAUGCAAGCUUAGUCGGCACGCUGUGAAGAAGGGAUCUGGUAUCAAAAAGUGCACAAACCAUGAGCGGAUUGGGAAGGAUUCGUCCUACGAACAGGAGGGGAAAGUCCAGUUUGUGAUAGAUGCCGUUUAUGCCAUGGCUCACGCCUUGCAUAACAUGCACAAAGACCUCUGCCCUGGAAAAGUUGGCCUCUGCUCCAAGAUGGAUACAAUCAAUGGUACACUGCUGCUCAAGUACAUCCGCAACGUCAACUUUUCAGGAAUUGCUGGCACCCCAGUGGUCUUCAACAUGAAUGGAGACGCUCCCGGUCGCUAUGAAAUCUACCAAUACCAGAUCGCUAACAACACCACCGAAUACAAGAUCAUUGGUGACUGGACAGAUCAACUCCACUUAGAUACCAAUGAGAUGCAGUGGCCGGGUGGAUCACAAGAUGUCCCCUCUUCAAUCUGCAGUCAACCCUGCCGACCUGGGCAACGCAAGAAAACAGUGAAGGGAAUUCCAUGUUGUUGGCACUGUGAGAAUUGUGAUGGUUACCAGUAUCAGGCAGACACUUCCACCUGCAAGAUGUGUCGCUUCGAUUUGCGGCCCAACGAGAACCACACCGGCUGCGAUCCCAUUCCCAUUGUCAAGUUGGAGUGGAGCUCCCCGUGGGCUGUCAUCCCUGUCCUCAUUGCUGUCUUUGGGAUCAUGGCCACUCUGUUCGUGGUUGUCACUUUUGUACGCUACAAUGACACACCUAUUGUUAAGGCUUCAGGUCGUGAACUGAGCUAUGUGCUGCUGACAGGUAUUUUUCUAUGCUACGCUACAACAUUCCUCAUGAUCUCAGCUCCCGAUGUAUUCGUAUGCUCAUUGCGAAGGAUUUUCCUGGGCCUGGGCAUGAGCAUAAGCUAUGCAGCGCUACUUACCAAGACAAAUCGCAUCUACAGGAUUUUUGAGCAGGGCAAGAUGUCGGUCAGUGCUCCUCGAUUUAUCUCCCCUGCCUCCCAGUUGGUUAUCACAUUCAGCUUGAUAUCAGUGCAGCUACUCGGAGUGUGCAUUUGGUUUGGUGUUGACCCAUCACAAGCCAUCAUCGACUACCAGGACCAGCGCACAAGCAAUCCUGAAAUGGCCCGUGGUGUGCUGAAAUGUGAUAUAUCAGACCUGUCUCUCAUCUGUCUGCUGGGUUACAGCAUGCUGCUCAUGGUCACCUGCACAGUUUAUGCCAUCAAGACGAGAGGGGUUCCCGAGACGUUUAACGAGGCCAAGCCCAUCGGCUUCACCAUGUACACUACCUGUAUUGUAUGGCUCGCCUUCAUCCCCAUCUUCUUUGGCACCUCACAAUCAGCAGAGAAGAUGUACAUUCAGACCACAACCCUGACCAUCUCCGUCAGCCUCAGUGCAUCGGUCUCUCUUGGAAUGCUCUACAUGCCCAAGGUCUACGUGGUCCUCUUCCAUCCGGAGCAGAACGUAUCCAAGCGCAAGCGCAGCCUGAAGGCUGUGGUCACUGCAGCCACCAUGUCCAACAAGUUCAACCCCAAAGGGGGCCUCCGGCCAAAUGGAGAGGCCAAGUCUGAGCUCUGUGAAAGCCUGGAAACACAAGUGCUGGCCUCGAAGCAGACGUACAUAAGCUACAGCAACCAUGCCAUCUAGGACAGAUGUGGAUCGUGGGAGAAGAGCAUGGCCUGCUGCAGGAAGAGUCACCGGUUUUUGGGGAGCAUGUUGGGAAAAUACUGAAAGACUUUCAAGGUGCAACAAGAGGGGACUGGGGUGGAAAAGAGGGAAUUUGUCACUCCAAAAGGAUGUGGUACUUUUUUGUGAAAGGACUGUUUGCCAGAUUUAUGAGAAUUAGAUUGCAUGGGAGGUUAAGCAGAUGUAAGCGAGCUUGGACAGGUAAUUUUCCUCUUUCCACCCUUUCUGAGACACAAGUGAGCUUUGAUCUGUGACGUUUCAGAUGCGAGCUCUGUAGACCACCUGGACCUCUCAGUAUGUUUCUCUUCUGAAGUGUAUAGCACAUAUUUUCAGUUGUUUCAGAAGCUGAUUUGUUCGUCUUAUUUUAAGAAGAAAACAGGGAAGAAGUGUUUUGGUUUUGUGAAAGGAACGUAAUUAUAUUUGGUUACAGGUAUCAGUGGAUUUGAAAACUGCAGUACUCUUCAAACUGUACAUGCCUUACUACAGUACACUCAGUAUUCUUACAUGGAUUAAACAUAUGUGAAACGUGAAAAUAAAGCAGUGGGCCACCCCAGUUGUUUUAUAAAUGUUUCAUAUUAAUGAUGAUGAUGAUGAUGAUGAUGACGAUAUCAUCUUGGCAAAGCUAGUGUACAGUCCCAGAGCAUGUUUAUGGGAACAUCACGUGUACUGUGCUGUGUUGUCAACGUCUAUGGAAUGCAGCAUCUGUCAUGGUUGUCAUUCACGGUGACGAAAUCAUGUGGGACCAUUACCCACUGGGUAACCUGCCCCUGGAAAAAAAAAAGUAAUCAUACUCAAAAGGAGCCAAAUGUAUAACAGAUCGUCAUGAAAUGGCUGUAUGGUUUACAUCAAACUCCAUAGAUGCCAACAAAAAUGGUUUUAUAUUUGCAACAUCCUAGACUUAUUGGCCCUUAUUUAUCAAGCACUUGCUGAAGCGUUUAACUUUUGCUACAUAUUAUUAUUAUUAUUUCACAGCAAGAGUUUAAGAUGGGACCAGGUCAUUGUUUAAAAAGUAUUUUUAAUGAAUAUUUUUUUCUUUUUAUGUUUGUUCCUGUGUUAAAAAUGCAUUUCAGAAUUUUGGCUUCAUCGUAUCUCAGUGAAGAGUAAUUCAGUGGAGACGGUGUGUUCUGUCCCCACAUGCAGAACAACCCUGGCAUAUGAGUAUGUUUGUGCCUGACAAAUUAUUGUGAAAUCCAGAUGGCGCGUGAUAGAUGGGACAUUCAGAGUUCAUAUAUAUUCAUGCGUUAUUUGUCAAUGUGGAUAUCGCUCCUUUAUAAGAUGAUUUAUAAGAUGAACAUAAGAUGAAUAUUUGUUUAACUAAGACAUUUAUUUCCCAUUAUUGAUUAAAAAAGCCAUUUCUAUAGAUGUACCAUAGGAAGGUUACUGUCUUAAACAUAUUUAUUAAAAUAUAAGGGAAUGGUGGCAUUUUUUUACUUCGUAGCAUAGGAAAAUAUGGAUUUGAUAAUUUCUGUGUUAUUUUGUUCUUUACUUUGAAGUCUGGUACAUAAAAAAUAGUCCAAUUGGUAUUUUUACCACAGCUCUGAUGUGUGUACAGCGUCAUGUGACCAAAUCAUCACUCUCAGCCAUAUUGUCACGUUGUAAACCGUAAGCAAUAAAUUGGACAAAAGAAACUAAAAUUACUUUUCACAGAGCCGUGGCUACGUUGUGGUUGAAACAAAAAUUCUCAGUGUGCGUAUUAUCGUCUUGUUCGUUGUUUUUCAACCUUGUGCAAGCUACUGUAUAUUAGCAUCCGGAGGUUCACAACGAUGUCUGUAACGACCUGGUUGGUUAAAGGAAAAGCGUUCAAAUAUUUAGGGUCACAAAUGAAAACCAUAGAAAUAGCAAAACAAAACAGAGACAAAUUGUAUGUUUCUAAUGUGAUGGCAAAUUGUGUAAAAGGUCUCGCACCCGACCAAAACUUAAAAACAAUACGCUGACACUGCUGUUUGUUAUGAUUAUAAUAGAAAAGAAAAUAUGUGUGGCCUUACCUAUUUUUAACGACAAAAAUGUCACUCAAGUUAUAAAGACUGCCCCUAUUCCAGGGAGUUUAAAUGAAGGUCACAACACAAAUUAAACACAACUCUAUUACUAUCUUACAACCCAAACAUUCUGACCAAUCAUCAAGGUUACAACUAGUCCAUUUGAACAUAUGACUAAUAACACAAACAGUGGCGAGCUGCUCACGCUGAGCUAUAGCUGCCGGAGCAACACAGGCUGCACUUUCCUGCAGUAGCAGCAGGUGCAGGUCAUUCCCUGGUCUGAUUGGUGAACACGGGGGGGCAGCCGUCCAAUCAGCCAGGCUAAAAUAUGGGAUGAACGGCCAAAGCCGGAGGACCUGCGAAUCAUGAUUAGUAUACUUAAAAAUACACUCUAAAUGAUCAGUUCCACAGACAGGGACAAGAAAAGGCAACACCACCAGGCGAUGCUACAGAUGUGGCAGCUACACGGGCUUAUAUCAAAUAUGCCUUCUUUUCCGAUAGAUUAACAGAUUUUGGCUUGGAUGGUCCAUAGCAAAUUAUGUCAGUGUUGGUUGUUCGAUGUUUUUUAUUUGUUGUAAUAAGAAACUAAGCAAUACGGGCACACACACACAGCUUUCGCCACAUAUCUGAGU